AUGCCCAAACCCAAACUUGACACGAAAGAAUCUCAAAAGGCUACCCCGAACUCGAAAAAACCUUCACAUUCACCAAAAUCUAGCAAGAGCGCCUCACCCGCCACCUCUAAAAAGAACUCGGAUUUGAUUUCCUACAAGAUACGACUGCUUGACAGCGAUCAAAAACCACUGGAAAUUUCGAUUUCAAAACAUGACUUUGGUCAAAUAUUGUUCAACAAAGUUUGUGAUGAACUGGGUGGUAUUAUUGAGCGGGACUAUUUUGGCCUCAGAUACAUGGAUAAGAACAACCAAAGACAAUGGCUUGAUCUUGGUCGGGAUGUUAAGAAGCAAAUGACCGGUGCUCAUUCUACUGCGUUGAGCUUCCGUGUUAAGCACUAUCCUGGAAAUCCCAUUGCUGACUUUCAUCAGGAAAUAUCUCAGUAUCUUUUAUACUUGCAAAUUCGCCGUGAUUUGGUGCAGGGUCGGCUUCUCUGCCCUCUAAAUGACCUCUACACUAUUGGAGCCUUAAUUUUACAGUCGGAAUAUGGUGAUGCUCCAAGCGAUGAUGAUUCAACCGAGUUGAAUGGAUCUCUGUCCUCGGAGGAAGAAUACAAGGCCUACUUCAAGAAUUUCAAAAUCGUAUUCAAUCAAACAAAGAAAAUUGAAUCAGAAAUAAUAAGUCGGCACAAGACCUACCGUGGUCUCACUGCCAGAGAUGCUGAAGUUGAAGUACUCAAGCGCGCCUCGAAAUUACCAACAUAUGGAGUAGAUCCAUUCCCAGUUAAGAUUCUAACAAAAGAAAAAUUGACAAAGAAAGCGGGAGAGGCCUCAAGUGUCAAAACCGCGGCGACUGGCGACGCCAACGCCAAUUCUCCCACCGGAAGCCCUCACCAAGAAGACCAAUCAAGCAGAGCGCCGUCUAGUCCCUUAGGUUCUGUCUAUCUUGGUCUGCGGCACACCGGUCUCACCACCUACGUGGGUCUUCAGCCAAGUGAAAACUUUGAGUGGAGCAGCAUUGAACGUCUUGCCUGUGACGGGAAGGAUUUCAUUGUCUAUCUGAAACCUGCCACCGAAUCGGAGCCAGAUUUACAGAAGUCGGUGAUUUCAAAGAAGAACAAAAACGGCAACAGCAAGAAGACCAAGACGGCGUCGACGAAGCUGAACAAAAAGCCGGUCAAACCGCGGGUUGUGACCUUCCGUUGUGACACCAAGGCCGCUGCUCUUGCGCUCUGGAAGUGGACAGUCGAUCGUCAGAGCUUCUUCACAUUACGACAAGCCAGUGAAGCCAAGACCACAAAAACUACACACAGCUUCUUUCGUAGAAGUCAUUCCUACAGAUUCAUUGGUAAAUCCCAAAUGGAGCUGAAAUCGCUAACCAAUUCCUCGGAAUCACUUCCUCAGCCGUCUUUUAUAAGGGUCUCGAGCCUGCGUCGUCCAAGGAACAACGAGGGACAGCUCGACUCCUUCGACGCUCGGGCCACCUUCCCUGGACGUAUCCGCAACGUUGAGCCCGGGUCUUUCCCGAUGAGCGACCCCACUAAACGACCCGUCAUCCUGGCGACCGAAGAACAGACGGCUGAGCCUUGUGCAGCUGAUAGCGGAGUCAUGAACAUCGCUAGCGACCUACGAGCAGCACCAGGCUCGGAGGCCAAUGCGCCAACCAAGGGCAGCGAAAUGCCCGACCCAGUCACCGUGGUACCGGUCUCCGUGACUCCUGUUGCUUCUGCCCCGCCUUACUCCACUGAUGUCGACGAGACCACCACACAGUUGCGCCACCAACCAAACCACACCACCAAGCCGGCGGUACGCGAUUCCGAGUGUCUGCGCGCGGUGAAGGAGAUUGAUCAAGCUAUUAAUUCGGUGCAGAGCGCCAACGAUCACCAGAAACCGACGUCAGCCUCGUCGACGCUGUCCAAUGGCGAGGUCGUCUCGCACGAGGCUAAGACCACCACCGGUGCCGCUGCUGGAUCCGUUUUCUGCUUCGGCCGCACCCUGAUCUACGCUAUGAAGGCUAUCGCAGUCCUAGGGAUCGUCUGUUUUGGCGCGGUUAUAGUCGCCCUCGAGACUCACCCAGUUGUCCCUGGGUCUGGCCGGCAGAGCACCUUUUGGACGGACCUGGCGGUACAGGUGCAGGGCCAACCACUUGUUGCCUCAUUCAACGAGUAUGUCUACAUGCCCCUUCGCAGUCUCUUCAUCGGUGGGAAGUUCCAUUCUGCCGUGGCGCGACGGAUUUCGGUUGCGAACUCAAAAGUUGGAAUUGUCACAGCGCUGAUUUUUGGGUCUUUUGAGACCACACAAUUGGCGAUUGAGUGCUCCCAACCUGCUACACUUUUGGCCCAGUUGUUCGGUGCAGCUACAAGAGGGAGAACAGAGACCGAUUCGCUCAUCCGGGGUGAGCACCUUUUCCAAAAUCCAAGGCACAACCAGUCAGAUUUUGGGACAACGUUAACAAAUCCCUCAGCCGUCAUCCAUCCACACCUACGCAUCCGCGACGCGAGGUGGCAUGACAAACAGAGUCCGGCAUUUAGACGCCAGACGCCGUAUGCAAGGACGGGACGACUGUCGAUGUGGUGGUGGAGCCGGAAGAACGACGCCCAGUGCGGUACAGCGCGUGCGUGUGUACUCGCCAAGAGCGUUGACAACUUGAUUGUAGUGUGCAUUCCCCACAAGGCGAUAGAGCUGCAAAUGGCAUGGUAA